CGCGCCUUAAAUAAGGGGAUCCGUCUUAUCACAGAACAGAUCAUAAGCGAAAUCCUCAGCAGAAGAAUAACGGAAUUAAACGAAAGGAUUUUUGAACACUGGAAUUUUGACACUGAAGUGAAGACAAUAUUGCCGCAACCAUAUGUUUGGAGUCAUGACUUUGAACAAAGGAGACAAGUUGAGGAACAUGGAUAAGAGAAGAGGCAGCAUGCCGUUUCCCGUCCACCUGCAGAACUUGCACAGAAGAAGUAUGCCGGUGGACGACCGAGAACUGCGCUCAACGAUGUCCGCGGAAGAGACGGGCGAACUGUCCAACCUCAUGCGCUUCAGUCCCGGAGAGCAACACAGAAACAGCUAUGUGUCCGACUCCUCCGACUCGGUCAUCUCCUCCGGCAGUGAUUCGGAGGGACAGGUCUACAAGGUGGUUCUCCUGGGAGAACAGGGCGUUGGGAAAUCGAGUUUGGCGAGAAUAUUUGGCGGAGUUGAAGACAGUAAUGAUUACGAGGAAACAGGAAACACAUAUGACAGAUCACUUGUUGUUGAUGACGAAGAGACAUCCAUCCUUCUGUAUGACGUAUGGGAACAGGAUAACAGCCAGUGGCUGAAAGAUCAGUGCAUGCGUAUGGGAGAUGCCUACAUCAUCGUGUACUCGGUGACAGACAAGUCCAGCUUUGAGAAGGCUUCAGAGCUGCGAAUCCAACUGCGCAGAGCUCGGCAGUCAGAAAACAUCCCCAUCAUCCUGGUGGGAAACAAGAGUGACCUGGUGCGCUCCAGAGAAGUGUCUGUGGAUGAGGGCAGUGCCUGUGCCGUUGUGUUUGACUGCAAGUUCAUAGAGACCUCCGCCUCUCUGCAUCACAAUGUGCGUGACCUUUUUGAGGGCAUUGUGCGGCAAAUUCGUCUACGCAAGGACAGCAAGGAGGAGAACGCACGCCGCAUGGCUAACUGCAAGCGUCGUGAGAGCAUGAGCAAGAAGGCCAAACGUUUCCUGGGCCGAAUGGUGGCCCGCAAGAACAAGAAGAUGGCCUUUAGACAGAAGUCCAAAUCCUGUCAUGACCUGUCUGUCCUCUGAAAAACUGGACUAAAAUGCCCUCUCAUCCCCAUGACCAGAAGCUGUGUAUUUUUUUAUGUUAAUAUAAGGACUAUUUAGCUGUACAGACACAUAUUAACAUGUUUUGUAACCUGAAAAAGAGAUUAUAUCAAACACACCUGACAAAAUCAUGUUGAUUAUGUUGACCGGUAUGCGGCUUUUUCAUGUUAGGUUAGGUUUUUUUUUCGCUGCCUUAACAUGUAUAGUUGUCAAAUUCUACCCAUGUAAUUAGGAGGUUAAUCCACAAAGUCACAAUGUUCCCUUUUGAGAGCUAUGAGUACUGAGUUGUAGGAUUAGUUGUAUGCUCCUCUCAUGUGUGUCAUGUCUAGGAGAUGAGCACAAGUAUUUAUUUAUUUAUUAUUAUAAUUUUUUUUUUUCAUGUUGAAAUUAUAUGGAAUCAAACUUUACUUGAAAUUGAGUACGCAGGUUCGUAACUCAGCAAAGACAAUGAACUAGAAGGUUUGGUUUUUGCAAGAGGCAAUAUAAAUGGGGAGUUUCAAUAUAAGAAGUCUGACACAUAAAGUUUCUCUGGCAUAUAUGCUCCAUGGGCAAAUGACCGACAAAGAAGCAAUAAAUGAUGUGUUGUGAGAUGUUUUUAACAUUUGAUUUGCACUUAUUGCCAUUUAAUAUUAUUGUGCUGUUCAUUUUGU